AUGCCUGUCGUCAAGGGAGGUGUCUGGACCAAUAUCGAGGACGAAGUCCUUCGGGCGGCCGUAUCGAAAUACGGUCUCAACCAGUGGGCCCGAGUUUCCUCUCUUCUCGCUCGAAAGACGCCGAAACAAUGCAAAGCGCGCUGGAUUGAAUGGUUGGACCCGGGCAUUCGCAAAGUCGAAUGGUCGCGUGAGGAGGAUGAGAAACUUCUGCACCUGGCCAAGUUGAUGCCUACGCAAUGGCGCACCAUCGCCCCUAUCGUCGGUCGCACCGCCACACAGUGUCUUGAACGUUAUCAGAAACUUUUGGACGAGGCCGAAGCCCGCGAGGACGAUGAAUUGGGACUGGGAGGCCCUGAAGGUGGAGAGGCCGCGGCCCCCAGUGCCGACGAUGUGCGACGUCUGCGCCCCGGCGAGCUGGACCCCGACCCCGAGUCCAAGCCCGCGCGCCCCGAUACAGUCGAUUUGGACGAGGAUGAAAAGGAAAUGUUGAGCGAAGCUCGUGCGCGUCUUGCCAACACACAGGGUAAGAAGGCGAAGCGCAAGGCCCGUGAGCGUCAACUAGAGGAGUCGCGCCGCUUGGCUGUUCUACAAAAGCGUCGCGAGCUCAAGCAUGCCGGUAUCAACGUCAAGGUGGUUACCCGAAAGCCGGGUCAGAUGGACUACAAUGCCGAUAUCCCGUUUGAGAAACCCGCCGCGCCCGGGUUCCACGAUACGACCCAAGAGGAAGCCCGUAACGAACGCCAGCGAGAAAAUUUCGACCCCCGCAAGCAGCAGCUAGCGAACAAGAGAAAGGGCGACCAAGACGACGAUAAUGAACGCAAGAAACAGAAGAACGAUAAGAACAGCAAUUCGGCUGCUUUCGCGGCUGCAGCGCGCGCUGGCCAAAUGCAAAAGAUUCGGGAGGCAGAGCAGAGGAGCCAUCGACGAGCUCUGAACUUGCCAGCGCCGCAGGUUGGCGAAGGCGAAAUGGAGGAUAUUAUCAAGCUGAGCUCUGCUCAAGAAAAGGCCGCCCAAAUGAGUGGCGAGGAUGAUUACACCCGUGCUCUUAUGGGUAAUUACGGAGCCAUGGUGGGAGGAACCCCCAUCAGAACGCCCCGAGCUGCCCCCGAGGAGGAUCAUAUUGCCAAUGAGAUCAAGAAUAUUCGGGCUUUGACCGAAACCCAGUCGUCUCUGCUUGGAGGCCACAACACUCCUCUUCAUGAGGGUGGCUCUUCCACCGGCUUUGAUGGAAUUGCUCCUCGUCGACAAGAUAUCGUCACUCCUAACCCCAUGGCUACACCUUUCCGACAGGGCAGUGCCGUUGGUGCUACUCCUAUGCAGGGCGGAAGCGGGCCUGGUGCCACGCCGCUACGAACACCACGACGAGACCAUUUCGCCCUGAACCGUGAUGGACCCCAGCCGGUUGGAAGUACCCCGCGUGAUAUCAAGAUGCAUGAGAAUAACAUGCGCACGGAAAUGCGCAGCAGGCUUGGCUUCCUCCCCAAGCCCAAGGAGACCGAGUGGGAGCUGGAAGAGCUGCCUUCUGAGUCCACUGAGCCUAAAGCUGCUGUCGAAUGGACCGAGGAAGAUGCGGCUGAGAGGGAUCGUCGUGAGCGUGAGGCGCGUGAGAAGGCCGCACAAGCAGAAUUCAAGCGUCAGUCGCAGGCCUAUCAGCGGGGUUUGCCUCGGCCAGCCGUUCUCGAUCUGAAUGCUUUGAUGGAGCGGGCCUCCCACGUCGUCGAUCCGGUCGAGGCGCUUAUAGCCAAGGAAGCCGCUACCAUCAUUGCUCACGACUCGCGCAAAUAUCCUGUGCCCGGCGCCAAGGUCGAGGGCAAGGCACCCCAGUUGGAUCGUGUUGACGACCAGUAUGUGGCGGCUGCGCGGGCUGCUGUUGCUGCCGAGGUGGCAUCUGCCGAAAUGCAACAGCAGCAAAAGAACUGGCAAGAACAGUUUGACAAUGUGUGGUCAUCAUCCCGUGCCCAAUCUCUACCCGGCCUCGAGAACUAUGACGAUGAAGAGGAGCAGGAUGCAUUCCAAGAAGAGCAGCGCAUGAUUGCUGCCUUUGAUAACGUCCAAAGCUCUCUCCUUGCCACCGCCGAGAGAGGGAACAAGCUCGAAAAGAAGCUGUCGCUGCACUACGGUGGAUACCAGAACCGUGCCAAGAUGCUGCGUUCCAAGAUCCUGGAAGCCAGCGCCAACUUGCCCAAGGCUCAAGAUGACCUUGAUGCAUUCCGCACGCUACAGAUCUCUGAGGAGGCUGCUGUAUCGAGCCGACUUGAGCGACUGCGAGAGAAUGUUACCUCGGUCAUGCGUCGUGAACGUGAGGCACAGGAGUUGUACAAGAGCCAGAAGGACGAGUUGGAUGAGCUUGUUGCCGGGACAGCGACGAUUAACGGCUGGCAUUAA